CGCAGUACAAUGAGUUUAUAACUAAUGGGGAAUGGAUUGAAGAAGGGCUGGGGUCCUAACAGAUACAAUACCUAGGACAGAUGAGAGCUUUUCUGUCACAGGAUAUUCCUCUCGUCUUUUUCUGGAGGAAAUCUACAGCAGCCAGUCAGAUAGAAACAAAGAAAGAGGUUAAUUGGUGAAAAAUGCCGGAGGAGGAAGAACGAGAGAAAUUAGCCGAAGUCAUCAGACAGUGGAACAACAACAGAUUGGAUUUGUUUGAAAUAAGCCAACCUGAUGAGAACUUGGAGUUUCAUGGUGUGAUGCGCUUCUACUUUGAGGACCAUGUUGGAGGAAAUGUGGCCACAAAGUGCCUGCAUGUUUGCAGCAACUCUUCAACUCAAGAGGUUAUCGAAACUCUUUCCGAGAAAUUCAGACCCGAUAUGAAAAUGCUGACCACUAGUUAUUCCCUAUAUGAGAUCCAUGGCAAUAAAGAACGUAAACUGGAUCUGGAUGAGAGACCUGUGGUUGUACAAUUAAAGUGGAACACAGACAACAGAGAAGGUCGUUUUGUGCUCAAGAAAGACAAGGAGAGCGUGAAGGGAAACAGUCACGAGAAAGAAAAAGGAGGUGUGAUACAAAGCUUCAAGAGGACACUGUCAAGAAAAGAUAAGAAGAAAGAGAAUGACCAAACUAAAGCAACGGACAAAGUUUCAGAGAAUGAAAAUGGGUCAACUGAAAAGCUACUGAACAACAACAGCAUUUGUGUGUCUAACCAUGAGACAGAAAAACAACAGAGGCAGGCUGCCCCGGGAGUAAAACACACAGGAAGUCUGUAUCCUGACUUUUCAGAUCAACCUGGAUUACCAAUUGGAAUUAAAUUCAGUGAUAACUCUGAGGAAGCCCUCCUGUCUGCAGUCAUAAAUUACACCAACAGCUCCACAGUUCAUUUCAAGCUCUCACCUGCAUACAUCCUCUAUGCUGUGGGACGCUUUGCUCUGCAACGCCAUUACAGGCGAGGCUCUCCACCCUCGGGGCAGACGCACAUUGUAACCUCAAUUGCAAACAAAAUGGUGGCCAUGACAGGGAAGGUCAUCCAGAGGCAGCAGGCCAUCGCUGGGGCUCUCGCCUUCUGGAUGGCCAACUCCUCUGAGCUGCUAAACUUCCUCAAGCAUGACAAAGACCUCAGCUCGCUCACACGGCAAAGUCAGCUGGAUCUGUCCCGCCUGGUACACAAAGCUUACAGUUGUCUGCUACAGUGUCUACAGAAUGAGUUAAGGAAGUACUUGCCAACGUUUCUGAUUGAUCCGGAGCAACAUGGCCCACUGCCCGCUGGUAUAGAGAUGGUGCUGAACACCUUGAUGAACACCAUGUCUCUUUUACGCCGCUGUCGGGCCAACCCUGCCUUCACCAUCCAGCUCUUCUCCCAACUCUUCCAUUUCAUCAGUGUCUGGCUCUUCAACCAGCUGAUGAGGCCAGAGGCCGACACCCCAGGCCUACGCUCCCACUACUGGGGAGCAGCUCUCCGCCAGAGGCUCACGGCCAUGGAAGCCUGGGCGGAGAGGCAGGGCCUGGAGCUGGCUGCUGACUGCCACCUCGGACACAUUAUCCAGGCAACGAUGCUUCUGACCAUGAAUAAAUACUCAAAGCAAGACGCGAAGGACAUCCAGAAAACGUGUUUCAAGUUGAACUCACUGCAGUUGCAGACGUUGCUAACAGGCUACCUCUAUGCAACCAAUGAGCCUCACAUACCCCCUGAUUUGAUUGAUGCUGUAGUGAUGGCUGCGGAGGCCUCGGCAGAUAACCUAAUUCGGAGUGAAGGACGGGACAUCCAGCUGGAGGAGAGCCUUGACCUCCACCUGCCCUUCCUGCUGCCGGAGGGAGGAUACUCCUGUGACACUGUGAGAGGAAUCCCUCCAGGGUUUAGGGAAUUUUUAGAGCCAAUUUGCCAAAAAGGUCUCUGCUCUUUAACAUCCCAGCCGAACUCCAAAUGUGACUGGACAGUGUACUUCAGCAAACCUUCCUCUACUUCCUCAGCAGAGCAAGGACCAAACACAUAUUUGACAGUACACAGAGAGCCAGAUAUUGUGACGAUCACACUGAACAAACCUCUGAACAGCGGGAUGGGGGUCAGCAUUGUGGCUGCCAAGGGAGCAGGGCAAGAAAACCUCGGAAUUUAUAUCAAAUCUAUUGUUAAGGGUGGGCCGGCUGAAAGGAAUGGCAGGCUAACAGCUGGGGAUCAGCUGCUGAGUGUGGAUGGUCAAAGCCUGGUCGGCUUCAGCCAAGAAAGGGCAGCAGCUAUCAUGAUGCAAACUGGCCCCGUUGUGACCUUACAGGUUGCAAAGUUUGGAGCGAGCUACCAUGGCCUGGGGGCUCUGCUGAGCGAACCACCCUCAAAAAGGACUGCAGGUGAUAAAAUCCAUGCUAAGCCAAACGGUAACGCAGCCAUGCUGUACUGCGUUGUGGAUCCUGGUCCCUCACAACAGCUCCAUGGAAGCAGCAGGAGAAAGAAAGACCAGAUAAUGCAGAGAAACAGGCAGCUUUAUCGCUCCAACCCCAACAUGAUCACAGAUUUUUCCCCUGAGGAUGUGGAUGAACCUGUUGACCCUGUUCUGAGAAGGAACAACAUCGCGGCUGUCUCAAGUAUCAGUCUUUGCGCUGAUACAUUUCAUAGGCAAUACUUGACACUUCCGACUCCUAAAUCCCAGGACAAAAGCCCAUCUGAAUCUAGUCCACAGCAAACAUUCAAAGUGUCUUUGAGGCCUUUAGAUGGACAGAGGGCCUUCAUGCGUCAAGCCCUGUCGCAGGAGAAUUUGUGUGUGGACAGUGGAGGCCCCCUGCUGGACAAAAGGCAGACUUUGUGGCAGCAGAAGGACCAGCGUGCCAAGCAAACCAUGAGCCACUAUUCAUCUUUCCCAAUUCGCUCAAGUGUUUCUACUCAUGACAUCUUCUCAGAUUAUUGUUCUCCUACAGACAGACAGCAGGGCAGCUGUACAAGUGGCGCUGGUGUCUGGAGAACUCCUUUUUCACAACAUCCAACACCUACGCCUUCCAUCCAGCCAAUACGUAUAGACAUCCCUGUAACCAGGGCAGUGAACACACAGACACAUGCUCCGCUCACCACCUUCCAGAGCUCCUCUUUGUUGGCAGUGAAAAUGAGCCAAACCCUUAAAGUAAAUGGAAGUCCUCAAAACCAAGCAAAUCAGAUUUAUGCGUGUCCCAUUCCUCCAACCAAGAAGCUACCUCAGCCCUCACUUCUACCACAGCAGCAAAGAUCCACCACACACAGGGAUCAAGCAGCAAAACCCCAAGUGAGCAUCACUCCAACAAAACACGUCUCCUUCCAAGAACCUCCCACUCAGCAGAAGCAGGGUGCAGGUCCUAUAAGGGUCCAAAAAGACCCUCAGGAGCUGUCUGAUCCGAGGAGGGAGGUGCUGGAGAAGCAGCAGAAGCUUCAUGUAGUGGAGCUCCUGGAGCAGGAGGUGCAGGAGCUCCAGGCUAAAGCGAAGCGCACAGCAGAGGAAAACAACCGGCUCCGAAAGCUCAGCCUGGAGUGGCAGUUUCAGAAGAGGCUGCAGGAGAUUCAGCAGAGAGGAGAGGAUGAGGAGGAAGAUGAGGAUUUGGACAUGAUGGUGACGAUACAACAGCUAGAGAUGAGAACACAGAACAAGAGAAGCUCUGCUGGGAACAUCACUGAUUACACAGAGUUGGAAAAGCAGACAGGUACUCAUUCCUCCCAAAAGGAAGUCAAGGCAAACACAGGUAAUUGUUUGUUAAUACAAAACCAAGAGGAAAAAAUCAACGGAGUGCGGGCUCCUGAAAAGCUCACAUUUAAGGAGCGCCAGCGUCUCUUUUCAUUGGCUUCCAGUGCAUGAAUGAAGGUUGAA